CUCGGGACCGAGCAACCCUGCUCUGGACUUUGACAGCACAGCAGGCAGCAGCAGCAGCGUCAGCGACAGUUCUGCCGCUAAGGUUGUGAUUGCUACUUCUGCCACCAUCAAGACGGGCAGCCUCAAGGCCGGUGCCCACGAUGACGCUACUAACCGCAGCAGCAGUGCCGCCGAUGGGGCCUCAUCAGUGCCGUUGCUUGGUGCGGGCGGCUGCGUAUCCGCCUCCGUGCACAAGUCCUUCUCUCCUGCCACCCACCUGACGAGCAUCUCGGUGCAUUUGUACGGCAAUGGCUCUGCUGCGCCGGCUUGUACGGCUUGGCUGUCAAGCCUUGAAGCACCCAUGUUUGUCUUCAUGAGGCUGGCAGGCGCUGCCGUGGUGGAGGAGGUCCAGCAGCUCGGCUCGUACGCUCCUCCUACGGCGUUCUUCAAGUCAUCGUCAUCAUUCGUCGUGCCGGUUCGUAUCCGCGAAGGCGCCGCUGCGACCUUCCGACUGGCCGUCGCUGACGUUGCCGCUCUCAACGACAUCUGCGAACAGGGCGCCCUUUCGGAUCAGUUGCCUGACACAUGCGUGUUGCAGCUCGUUAGCUCAGCCUCGGGAGUCGUCGCUACAGGUCUUGUGGGCGAGGACUCUGGCACGGAUGCCGGCACGGUCGGCGAAGUACCCGGUUUCCACGUCCCAACCCCAGAUAGCAGCAGCCCUCUGACCCCUCCGCCCCUGCUACUGCAACCGCCGGUGGGCGUGGGCGCAAGCCUCACGCCACCAAGCAGGCACGCGGCGGCAGCAGCACCUGCAGCAGCAACAGCCCUCGGCGGCAGUAGCAGCAGCGGAUCUGCGCAGCCUGGGCUUAGCAGGAUUGGCAUCAUAACCGGUAUGGUUGUGAGCUGUGCAAUGCUGGCUAUGAUUGCGGCCGUUGCCUUGACACUCCGCCGUCGAUGGAGGGCUUUACAGGCAGCAGCUAGCGAGGAAGAGGACAGCCAAA